AUGGCGAACAGCGAAUUUCGCAACGGGCUGGAGGAACCACCUAGCGUUCCAAGGAGCGACACCACCUGGGCUGCCCCAGCUCUGAUCAGCUUAGAUCCGCGGACCUUCGGAUGUGAUGUGGAGGAUCCUCACUCCCGCCUCGGAGGCGCAUCUGCCGUCUUGCGCGACAAGAUCACGUCGGCAUAUGGUCUCCAGCACCAGGUGGAGCAUAGCCUCGCAGAAGCACCUAAUGCCGCUGACCGCGUACCGUUCAGUCAUGUCUUAGGAACACAGCGGGCAUGA